UGAUUGUUUGAAAGCGUUUGAAAAAAAUAAGGUUGUAUUGCAAUUCAUGCUACAGACGAUGAACAGAUCCGGGACCAUUGGAUCAUUGUAAACCUUCAUUCAUUACAUACAAACAUCGUCUCUCCCACCAACAAACACAUACAAGCAAGGAGAACCUCAAAUCAAUCAUCAUGGCAAAGAAAGAAGAACAAAAGAAGGAUGACGGCAAUUUGCUCGCAAUGAUGCUGGAACAAGCUGAUGGUCUCGACUUCUCAGAUCCAUUCUCUGAGGAUAGCGGGGAGAAUAACAACCCAAGAAGAUUACUUGUGGAAGGAUUUGAAAUCUCGAAGCUAUUCACUAUUAUUGAAUUCGCUUUCCUCCAUGCAAAAGACGAAGACGGUAUCUUGGCCGGACUGGAUAUGAUGUCACGUCAAGAGGCAAUCAAGAAAUUGAACGGCGUCUUUCUCUUCAUUGUUACCAACCCUGAAGGUAAAAAGCAAGAAUUCUUGGUGGACAUGCGUAAAACAGGAAGCUUUUAUUUGGGCAAAUCCGUUCCAGGACAAAAGCUAAAGCCGGAUGUGACUGUUUCAGUGAACGAUAAAGAUAUGGUUGCAUUAAGCACAGGAAAGCUUAACCCUCAAAUGGCAUUCAUGAAAGGAAAACUUAAAGUCAAGGGUAACUUGAUGUUGGGUCUUCGUUGUCAAUCAACAUUGCAAUCCGAAAUCCAAAAGAUGUCAAGACUCUGAUUCGGAUUAAGAACGAUAUUAUUACUCUGCUUUCGUUGCGUAAGACCCUUUUCAAUUCCUGUCUGAUUUUUAUUCUCCUUUACCCUUCUUGCCUUUUACGGCAAAUUUUGUAUCUAUUUAUUCGUGCGCUUUGGAAUGCUAAGCGGUGAAAAUCA